AUGGGACGGAGAAAAAUAGAAGUUCGAAAAAUUGAAGACAAAAACAAGUGUGUGGCCACUUUUCGUAAACGUCGAGAUGGUCUUUUUAAGAAAGCACUUGAACUACAUCGUCUUACUGGUGCUGAAAUUAUGCUUACAUUAGUAUAUAAUAAGUCAAAGUAUUGUUUCAAUUCUCAUGGGAAUUCAGAACAAGGCAGCAGCAACAGCAACAGUGGCAGCAAUAACAAUAACAGCAGCAGCAGUGGAAGUAAUAGCAAUGUGCCUAACACUUUCCAUUAUACUAAACAUUUUCAAUUUAAGGCGUGUGGAUCUCAUCUACCCCAAGGUUGUAGUGAAAGCAAUUGUCCAUCGAAAUUAAACAAUAAUAAUAAUAAUAAUAAUAACAAUAGUAAUAACAACAACAGCAGCAGUAGAACAAAUCAAAGGAAUACACCACCCUUUGAUACAGUAUUCUCUUCCUCGACCUGUUCAAAUAUAGAUAAAUUAAAUUCUUUGCCUAUGAUUGAUUCAAUGAACAACUAUACAAAAGCUAAAUACAAAGGCGUCAAAUUAACUAAUGAAGAAAGAAUGGCUAAUCUACGAUAUUUAAUUGUUGAUGAAUUAUUCAAACGUGCUCUGGCUCGAUUUCGUUCUUUGUCGAAAGUAUCCAGUUUAACAAAAAAAGAAUCACUCAUCAGUCCAGUUUAUAGUAAUACUAGUUGGACUAUGUUAAGUCCAUCAAGUAUUAUUCCUACGCGAAAAAUAUCCUCAGCUUCUCAGCUUGUUAAUUCACCAGAUAAAGUUUUGCAUGAACAUAAUAAUACUUCAUCAACAAGUAGAGCAAUGCAAAUGCAUACAGACUCCUUGCUGCUUGAUGAACCCAGUCAAUCGUUACAGUUGGUCUAUGCAUCAAAUGAUUUCCCUUAUUCACCGAAUACCGACUGUCUUCAGAAAGAAUUUAACUCGAGUCCAUUGAGUCAAAUUUUAGAGUUCAUUGAUGAAAAUGUAUACAACAAUGCUAUCACAGCGACUCCUGUUACUCCAACUGCUGAUGCCAUCACCAUUCCUCCUGCUGCUGCCGCUAAUACUACUACGAAUAAUGAUGAUGACAAUGAAAGAGAAUACUUAGAUUUAGAUGAAGUUCAACAGUCACGUUAUACUGGCCUACAAACACCGAAUAUUAUUUGUUAUCUAGAUGAAUCGAUCAAUUAUUAUCCAAUUAGUGGUAGUAGUAGUAGUCAACCGGUAGAUGAGAUCAACGCACAUCCUGGUGAUCAACGCACUACUCACCGUCAUAAUGACAGUGACCUUGUGAUAGAGGAAUUAUUGUAA